AAUCCCACACGAUAUGGCAAAGGGAAGCUUGAGAUGUGAAUUAUAAACACCAUUCCGACCUCGAAUUGAUCUUUUGACUCAAUUUUGCAAUCAAAUAAAGAAAAGUAAGGUAUUUUUCAACACAAUUCGCAAAUAUGUCUGAUAAAUCCAAUAUCGCUACGCUCGAUGUAAGUUAUCCUCCUGUGAAAACUACCCCGCUUCCAGACUCCAAUAAUCAUAAUAUCGCCAAAGUCCCCAAAACUUCUUCACAACUAACGCACUUAAAACAGAGCACCCUAAUCGACCGACUCCCAUCCUCAUCCAAAACCCUCUUCGAAGCCAAAGCCACCAAAUCCCUAACCUUCGAAUCCAUCGCCCAGGAACUCGGCCGCUCCGAAGUAGCAGUCGCAGCACUCUUCUACGGACAAGCCCAAGCCUCCGCGGCGGAUAUUGAAAAACUCUCACAAAUUCUCGAGGUUCCUCAAUCCAAACUCGAAGCUGAACUGGGAGGGUUCCCGGAUCGUGGUCGUGCGGGUCCGAUGCCCCCUGUUGAACCGCUCAUCUAUCGUUUGUAUGAGAUUGUCCAGAAUUAUGGUUAUGCUUAUAAGGCGGUUUUGAAUGAGAAGUUUGGGGAUGGCAUUAUGAGUGCUAUUUCUUUCAGUACGAAGGUUGAGAAGGAGGUUGAUGAGCAGGGGAAUAAUUGGGCGGUUAUUACCUUGAGGGGGAAGUGGUUGCCGUUUUCUAGGUUUUAGACUGGUGGUUGGGGAGGGAGGAAUGGUGGAUUGAGGAUAUUUUGAAGAAUUAUAGGUCAAAGGGGUAAAAAGCAAUUGGUGUCAUGAUUUUAUGAUAAAUUAUGAUAGGCCUGGAGAAAUUAAUGUAUCAAUGAAUGUUU